AUGGCUUUAUUAUUACACAAAAAACAUCAUGUUCCAGACGACUUUAUUAAGAAAGUUUUUAGUGCAAUGGAUGGUCUAGUCACACCAUGGGGUAAUAACAUUAAAUAUACUAAAUGUUAUUACGAACCAUAUAGUGAUGUUUAUGCAGAAUCAGAUGAUCUAAUAAAAUUAUUAACUUUUGUGGAUAAUGAUGUUGUUAUUCAAAGUAUAUUAAUGAGUAAACCUUCAAGUGUACAUGAUUCAAAAUUGAAAACAAGACAUUGUAAUGUUACUAAAUCUGAAGAUAUAAAAUACAUUAAUCUUUGUCAAGAUUUAGAAACUUUUGAAAAAUCUUAUGCAUCAUUAUAUAAAAUCCUAUUAUUAAGGGAAAAAAUAUCACCCUUGGAUUCCCUUUAA